UUUUGAGGACGAAAUUUAUCAUCAAAGCAAGCUUUUGUUGACAAUGACUGCAUUAAGGUGGUGACAGCUGUAGAAAAUAUAUUAUCACUACCGUAUAUUAAUGAGGCACUUAUGAUAAAUUGAUAAUUUGGGGGUUUAAUUAAUGGAAAACAAUGAUGACAUCAAAAGUAAUCAGGGAGUGGUUGGCGGAGUACAAGGUGCUGUCUAAAGAAGAGCUCCAUAGUUACGCUGCAUCCAUCUGUCACAAUGGAGAGUUGAUAUCUAGUCUGAAUUCACUGUUUGAAGAACGCCCAGAACCGGAGAUUCUUGACCCAGUGUGUCAUCAGUUAUUUGAGUUUUACAGAUCCAGUGAAAAAGAACUGCAAAGAUUUUCCCUAGAGCUGGUUUCCUCACUUAUUUGGUUGUACCUGGCUUGUGUUAGCAGUGGAGAAAAAUCAAAAUGUGGCGGAGUAGAAGCAUUCCUUUUAGCUGUUUACAAUUUGGAGAUAUGCAAUCCUGAUGGUUCGCCCAAAGUAAAGACAUCUAGAAUUCCUGUAUUUUCCCAGCAUUCAAUAUACCACGAGCCGCAGACCUUAAGCUGUGCACCAUUAUCCGAAUCAUUGUUGCUGAGAUUUAAUGCGGAACAGACAGUGUACCAAGAUGGCCCCCAUCCCCAGUAUGAGUCCAUCAAUGGUCAGAAUCGGCACAGCAUCUUGGCGUACCUACUACAGUGUUACCAUAACAAUAUCUCCACCUUGUCGGCACGAUCUCAUAAAACAUUCUGCAAAAUGUGCUCCAGGAUAGUGACUACAGGCUUUCAUACACUGAUGCAAGUAGAUGAUGACGAUGAUGUCAUAAGAACGAACACGGCAAACCUUACUGAUUAUUCGCAACAUACGAGUCGGAGUGGAGAGCUCAGUCCAAGAAUCAGCGUCAGUCCAGCGUUACUUAUUGAUAUGCUGUCCUGUUUAUAUUACAUCAUGUUUAAUGGCCAGGCAGGACCAGGGGCUCAAGCUAUAGUUGAUAUCCAUUACAGAGCUUGUUAUGAGCUUUUCUCUGAUGUUAUGCUUGUAACAAAUGCAAUAAGGAACUCGUUGAGGGAGAAUCCUAGCGGACAGCCAGAUGAUGGACCAAUUGGUUUGAGCCUCGCUUUGUCACCAGCAUCAUCAAACUAUACUCUAUCCAAAACUGCAAUAACCAAUGCCUCUUUUAGAGCCAAGAAAUUACCAGAUGAUAUACCUGUCCAGUUAGAUGAAACUGGCAAAUUGCCAACAAUCACUGAAGAUGAUGCGGCAGCGAAGCCGAAAUUUACCAAAGCUAAACAAAUGAAGAAGGAAAAGGGAGAGAAAGCUAAAAAUAAAGACAAAGAGUCGAGAAAUAUGAAUAAUUCUAUAAGCAGCGUGGAGAUGGCCAUAGAUAGUGUGCAAGUUGCUCAUGCCAGAGGUGGGCAAAGAAGUAGUCUUGACACAAUAGAAUUGACCUCGUUUAACAAAGGGAAAGAAAAUGACUUGAAUUCGUCACCGCACACGGGCAAACAUAGUUCACCAAAUGUCAAAUCAACUAGCGGAUUAAAGACUAGUAUAUCAAAUAAAGAUAUUAAGAAUACGAAAAUGUCAAGUGGUCACACCCGUACACAUUCCGGCGGGUCUUCGGCCGGUUCCGAAAAUUACAGCACCGAUUUAUAAAUAAUUUUU